AUGCCUUGCAUAGGCCAGGCCUUGCGAGGGGCCAUGCUCUCACAGACCCGACGGCCCCAAAGGGUGCGCCAGGCUGCCGUCGUCGCAUCGGCUUGCCUUUUAGGUGUACGCCUGGCCCCCUUCACCUUUGCUUUCGCUGGCUCCUGGCCCAAGCCACAGCGGCAGUGGACCCGUCGCUACGCAGAGUCCGCAACAGCUCCUUACCGGGUGCUGGUGCCCAUCGCAGAGGACUCCGAGGAAAUCGAGACGGCCUGCAUCACCGACGUACUCACCCGAGCCGGAGCAGAUGUGACUGUGGCGAGUGUCAGCGGCGCGCUUCAGGUGCGCAUGUCCAGGGGACUGAAGGUGGUCGCGGACACGAGCAUCGAAGAGUGCGCCGACCAGCCAUGGGAUGUGAUCGCCCUACCAGGUGGUAUGCCAGGAGCUGAACAUCUGCGCGACUCGCAGGUUCUAGUGGACUUGCUCAAGGCACAGAAAGAGAGCGGCCGACUCACGGCGGCCGUUUGCGCCAGUCCAGCCGUGGUCUUUGCACACCACGGGCUUGUGAAGGAUGCGGCCACCUGCUAUCCAGCACCGCAGUUCAAGGAACUGGUAGGUGCUGGUUGGAAGGAUGCUAAGGCCGUGGUGGAUGGCAACGUCAUUACCAGUCAAGGUCCUGGGACUUCGCUGCAGUUUGCGCUGAAGAUUGUGGAGCAGCUCUAUGGCAAAGAUAAAGCCGAGGAGUUGGCUGCCCAGAUGGUCACUGUUACAGCAUGA